GUCUCCAUUUCUUUUUCUUCACUAGCAUUUCCUUAUUUAUUAUACUCAAUUCCCAAGUUUACUUCUUUUUUUUUUUUUUUUUCUCGUAAUUUGAUUCCUUAAUUCUUUGAUUUUGAUUCACACUGCAUUUUUCUAUGUCUGGGAUUUGGAGAUGGAGGAAGCUCAAGGACCUUCCUUUCCUGGCGUCUUCUACCCACCACAAUUCUCGCUUCAUCUCUACCCAUAUCAAUCACUUGAACAUCGGAUCCCACCGCCGGAGGGAGUCCCUCAUCGGGAUUCAGGAACGGUACAAGUGGGACAGCGGCGGUGGGAACGACAAUAGUGGGAAUGGGAAUACCCCUUCUCGGGAUUACAGAAGUACCACGCGGAAGAUCAGGGCCGAGGUCAAUUGCCCUCGAUGUUUCAAGCAAAUUGAUCUGCUUUUCACCAAUCGCAACAAUAUCUUCCCUCCGGAGAUUGUCACGGGGGUUACUGAGAAUUCCUCCGAUGAGAGUAACGGCGGUGGUUCUACUAAUUACGGGGCUGUUAAUAUCUGCCCCAAUUGCAAAACCGCCUACCAUUUCCGUCCUGACCGGACUUCUCCUCUCCAGGGUACCUUCGUGGAGAUCGGCAGGGUCAACCAUCAUGGUAAUAAUGGUAAAUACAACAAGACUACAAAAAAUGGUGCUGAACAGGAUUCUAUCAAAGCUAUUAUUAGUGAUACUAAUAGGUUGAAGAUGUCGUUUUGGAACACUUUGAGAUCUUACGGGACUGACCCCCCUGAGAAUUGUCCACCGCCGUCUACGGGGAAUGGGCUGGCCGUGCACACCCCGCCCGGUCCGCCUUUUGCUCCUGGUGUUAACGUGAUACGGGCAACGGGGCCGAGGGAAGGUGGUGGCUCAAGUGGUGGUGGUAAUGGUGGAGGAGAGAAGAGUGGCGGAUGGUGGGGCGGGGCUAACUUGGGGAAGGAUUUACCUACGCCAAAGGAAAUUUGCAAGGGCUUGGACAAGUUUGUAAUUGGCCAAGAAAGAGCUAAAAAGGUGCUUUCUGUGGCUGUUUAUAACCACUAUAAAAGAAUAUACCAUGCCUCCUUGCAGAAAGGGUCAGGAGAAGAAUCAGGAAGUUCAGAAACAGUUGAUGAUGACGAUAAUGUGGAGUUAGAAAAGAGCAAUGUUCUCUUGAUGGGCCCAACUGGCUCAGGGAAGACUUUACUUGCAAAAUCACUGGCUCGAUUCGUGAAUGUGCCAUUUGUCAUUGCUGACGCGACGACUUUGACACAGGCUGGUUAUGUGGGUGAGGAUGUUGAAUCGAUAUUGUACAAACUACUCAUGGCAGCUGAGUUCAAUGUACAAGCAGCUCAACAAGGAAUAGUUUACAUUGAUGAAGUUGACAAGAUAACAAAGAAGGCUGAGAGCUUAAACAUCAGCAGAGACGUUUCUGGGGAGGGUGUUCAACAGGCAUUAUUGAAAAUGUUGGAAGGAACUAUCGUGAAUGUGCCUGAGAAAGGGGCAAGGAAGCAUCCUCGGGGAGAUAACAUACAGAUAGAUACAAAAAAUAUCCUUUUUAUAUGUGGUGGAGCAUUUAUCGAUCUUGACAAAACCAUUUCAGAGAGACGCCAAGAUUCUUCAAUUGGGUUUGGAGCACCUGUUCGUGCUAACAUGAGAGUUGGUGGGGUAACAAGUUCUGUAGUGACAUCAUCCUUGCUUGAAUCGGUUGAAAGUUCCGAUCUUAUUGCAUAUGGUCUCAUACCAGAAUUCAUUGGUCGCUUUCCAAUAUUAGUCAGUUUGUUAGCCUUGACCGAGGAUCAACUGGUUCAGGUGCUCACAGAACCAAAAAAUGCUCUUGGUAAACAAUACAAGAAGUUGUUCAGCAUGAACAAUGUGAAGCUACAUUUUACAGAGAAAGCAUUGAGACUGAUUGCCAAAAAGGCAAUGGCUAAAAAUACAGGUGCAAGGGGUUUAAGAUCCUUAAUAGAAAACAUUCUAAUGGAAGCCAUGUAUGAGAUUCCAGAUCCUAAGACAGGAAGUAAUAUAAUAGAUGCUGUUGUGGUGGACGAGGAAUCAGUGCGCACAGAAAAUGCCCCCGGUUGUGGUGGGAAAAUUCUUCAUGGAGAUGGUGCAUUGGAGCGUUUCCUUGCAGAAAUAAACUUGAAGGAAUCAGUGGAAAAUGUUGCAUCAGCUGAAGGGGAGUUGCAGGAUGGUGAAACAGAGCAUUCAUCCAGAGCAAUGAGCAUGUAACAUAAUUGCCACUGCAACUAUUGUUGUGAUUUGUAGAAUUAUUCUGUAAAAAUCAGAUUCAUAAUUUGGUGUAACUAACCUCCUGUAUAACACAGCAUUAGGUUCCGGGUACAAAGUUGAACGGAAAGAGGGAGAAAAAAAAAAGGAAAAAGGAAUAUGUAGCAUUGUUUCUCUAAAGCUGCAAAUUGUAUAAACAUCUGUUCUACUGCUCAGCAUUAGUCAAAAGAAUUUCC